UAAUUUGGUAUACUGAGCUUCUUCAUUGUUUGGCAUGAUGUCAGAUGCCAAUAGCACAAUUAAUUUAUUACCAAGCACUGAUAUUGCUUUAGCAUUUUUUAUGUACUUACUAGCUUUUGCUACAGUGCUAGGAAAUGCUGUGGUCAUUUUAGCUUUUGUGGUGGACAAAAAUCUCAGACAUCGAAGUAAUUAUUUUUUUCUUAACUUGGCCAUUUCUGACUUCUUUGUGGGUGUGAUCUCCAUCCCUUUGUACAUCCCUCACAAGCUGUUUAAAUGGGAAUUUGGAAGUGAAAUCUGUGCAUUUUGGCUCGUUACUGACUAUCUUUUGUGUACGGCAUCUGUGUAUAACAUUGUCCUCAUCAGCUAUGAUCGAUACCAGUCAGUCUCGAAUGCUGUGUCUUACAGAGCUCAACACACUGGGAUCUUAAAGAUUGUCAUUCAGAUGGUGGCUGUGUGGGUGCUGGCCUUCUUAGUCAAUGGGCCAAUGAUUCUAAUUUCUGAGUCUUGGAAGAAUGGGAAUAAAGAGUGUGAACCUGGCUUUUUUUCAAUUUGGUACAUCCUUGCUGUCACUUCAUUCUUGGAAUUCCUGGUCCCGGUCAUCUUAGUCACUUAUUUCAACUUGAAUAUUUACUGGACCCUGUGGAAGCGUGGUAAUCUCACUAGGUGCCAAAGCCAUUCUAGAAUCACCUCUGCUUCCUCCAGCCACUGUGGACACUCAUUCAGAUGUGGACUAUUUUCGAGGACAUCUCUGCCUGCACCAAAGGAAGCAGCAGCAUCCCUUCAUUCAGAGAGACAGAGGAGAAAGAGCAGUCUCUUGCUUUCCUUAAGAACCCAGAAGAAUAGCAAUAUAAUUGCUUCCAAAAUGAGUUCCCUCUCCCCAUCAGAUUCUGUAGCUUCUCACCAACGGGAACAUCUUGAACUGCUCAGAGCCAGGAAAUUAGCCAAGUCACUGGCCAUUCUCCUAAUUGUUUUUGCCAUUUGCUGGGCUCCAUAUUCUCUGUUCACAAUUGUUCUUUCAACUUACCUCCCAGAGACGCGUCCUAAAUCGAAUUGGUAUGAAAUCGCAUUCUGGCUUCAGUGGUUCAAUUCCUUUGUCAAUCCUUUUUUGUACCCAUUGUGUCACAAGCGUUUUCAGAAGGCUUUCCUGAAAAUAUUUCAUAUGAAAAAGCAACCCACACCAUCACACAAUCAGUCAAUAUCUUCUUAAAGAUAAUUUUCUUACUUCUGCAAAUUUUAGUUUUGAUCUCACUUAAAUGAAUUAGAUCUGGCUUUCAUCUUGCCCU